AGAUCACUUGACACCUACCGGCUCAGGCAGGGCUGGGACUGGGCAUUUCCUGGCUGAGCUGGAGGCUUGGGCCCUCCCCAUUGUCCCAGAAUCCCAGGUGAGGCCAAGACAUGGGCUCUGCUGGGAUGCCAUGCUUGGUGACCCAGCAGAAGGACUAGAUUGCUCCUAGUGGGUGCUCCCCCUUGCAGAGUCCCAGCUGCCCCUUUGGGUCCCGUUGCCUGGCCUCUUUUGCUGUCCUGGGUAGAGGAGAUGAGUUUGUCGCUGGCUGCAAGCUGAGGCCAACUGACGCUGCUGCACAGAGAAGGGGCACCGAGAGUGGCCUCGGACUGAGGAGCCUGUAGUGCAGAGCAGCCCCUCGGGCCUUCCGCCUGGCCCUGCUUCCCCGGCCGGCUGCCCUUCUGGUGAGUGCAUCCCAGGUGGCAUCAUGCUGCAGCAGAUCCUGCACGACAUGUACAUCGACCCUGAGCUCCUCGCCGAGCUCAGUGAUGUGCAGAAGCACAUCCUCUUCUACAAGAUGCGGGAGGAACAGCUGAGGCGCUGGAAGGAGCGGGAGACUUGGGAGUCCCUGGCCCAGGACAAGGGUCUCAGGCCUACGAAGACCAAGCGAGCAGCAAGUGACAAGCACAUCCAAUGGCUCCUAGGGGCAGAUGGCGAGGUCUGGGUCUGGAUCAUGGGAGAAGGCCCUGGUGACAAGCCCUACGAAGCGAUCUCUGAGGAGCUGAUUGCAGAGAGGGCGCGGCUGCAGGCACAGAGGGAAGCUGAGGAGCUCUGGAGACAGAAGGAGGCAGAGAUCACCAAGAAGUUCCGGGAUGCUCUGGCCAACGAGAAAGCCCGGAUCUUGGCAGAGAAGUGGAAAGUGGAGAUGGAAGACCGCAAGGCAGCCAAAGUCUUGGAGGAACGCAUCCAGGAGGAAUUCAAGAGGAAAGAGGAAGAGGAGAGGAAGCGAGGAGAAGAGCAGAUUCGCCUCCAGGAAGAGCAGAGGGCAAAGGAGCUCUACUGGACCCUGAAGCAGGCUCAGCUGCAUUGCCAAGCCAGUGAGAGAGAGGAGCGAGAGUGGGAAGAACAGUUGCGCCGGUCAAAGGCGGCUGAUGAGGAGAGGAGCCGCCGAGCCCAGCGCGCCCGAGACGAGUACCGACGCCACUCGCUCCGUGCUAUCCAGAAGGGCACGGUCGCCGGCCUCAGCUCCAUGUUCCAGGAGCUCGGCCAGAGCCAUGAGCAGGAGGCAAGACUCUACCACCACCUCCCCGGGCCGGGUCCGCCGCAGCCCCUCGCCCUGCCGGUCAG